CGAGAUUCUAUCCGUCUUUUAUUCUCAAAGUGGUCAUUUACAAGAAAUACUAAUGGAAGUAGUAAUCGCAUCGUCUCCCGUCGAUGCUGGGAUCGGUUGCUGGGACCUGCAUUCGGGCGAACAGCAGCUUCGUUACCGAUCCUGUGCCUCUGCUUCUCAUGGCCUCACUUGUGUGGGCCGUCGCUUCCUUGCAUCUUCGCAGCUUCGAGACUCCUCUUCGUCGUCCGGCUCCAUUCUCUACUGGUCAUGGAACAAGCCUCAGGUUGAAGUUAAAAGCUUUCCUGCCGAGCCAAUCAAUCCACUUGUUUCUAAUAGUGAGGGUACAUAUAUCAUGGGAGGAGGAUUAUCUGGUGACAUUUAUUUUUGGGAGGUCUCUAGUGGCAGACUACUUAAGAGGUGGCGUGCUCAUUACAGGGCUGUUACUUGCUUAGUACUAUCAGAAGAUGAUUCACUGUUAAUCUCUGGGUCAGAGGAUGGAUGUGUCAGAGUUUGGUCACUUAUCAUGAUAUUUGAUGAUAUCGGGAGGGAAGCAGCAAAACAUCUUUAUUUACACAGUUUCACUGAACAUACUUUGCGUGUGACUGCUGUUGUUUCAGGUUAUGGAGGGUGUAAUGCAAUUAUUGUGUCUGGCUCUGAGGAUCGAACGUGUAAGGUUUGGAGCAUGUCCAAGGGAAAAUUAUUGAGAUCUAUUGAGUUUCCCUCUGUAAUUGAUGCGAUUGCACUGGAUCCCGGUGAACAUGUAUUUUAUGCUGGCAGUAGAGAUGGGAAGAUAUUCAUUGCUGCACUUGGUGCUGAAAGUCCAUCGAACAGCAGCUAUGGGAAGCAUAUCAUUGGUUUACUGUCCGAUCACAGUAAGGCUGUUACUUGCUUGGCAUUCAGCUCCAAUGGAACUUUAUUAGUAUCUGGAUCAGAGGAUGGUUUGAUUCGAGUUUGGGACACUAAAACUCAAAACAUCGUUCGUAUAUUUAAACAUGCAAAAGGUCCUGUCAACAAUGUUUUAAUUGUUCGGCAACCGUUCAUUGGAAUUAGUCGGAAAGUAGGCAGUGCUCAAGCUCCCCUAUCUAGAAGGGCUGCAUCAUUAUUACCUCCACCAUUGGACAAAUAUGCAUAUUCAUCAGAUGAAAAUAAUGAACCAAAGGCUGUAAUUGCACCUCAGCCUUCAUGUGAUGAAUCUUUAGAUGCUCCAUACCAUAGCUUUCAUGUGAUGAAGAAUCAAAUCAAUGAGCUUCAGCAACAGGGUUCUUCUGCUGCUACCGAAAUGGAGUUGGAGAGGAUGAAACUUGAUUUAAAAAGAUCACUGGAAAUGGUCGAAAGGUGGAAGAAAAUGUUUGAAGACUUGAAACACUUCUGUGUGAAUGAGCUUGUGGAAGGUGACCAAACAGGGAGGCCUAGUGGAAAUUCUACCUGAUAACAACUGGGCACUCGGGGUCAAGAAAUCAAUGAAGUUUUGUAGGUAGAAUUAGUGUGUGCUCUCGUUUGACUAAGUUAUAUUUAUUUAUUUGCUAAAAAAUGUAGCUAAAAUUGUUUUUUUUCUUAGUUGCUAAUGGCAUAUUAAAAGUAUGUCGAAUAAAGUUAUGAUUCUAAUUAGAUUGCUUCU